AUGGCGAGUGCAACGAAUAAGGAGGAAGGGGGGAGUGGGAGUGGGAGUGGGUUGAGGAGUGCACCGGCGAGGAGUGUGAGGAGGUUGCCUGCUUUGCCGAGUGGACCGCCGUUGCCUACGGCGCCGUUACCUAAUGCGGGUGCGGGUGCGGGGAGGAGGGUGCGGCCUUUGCCGAGUGUGCCGGGGACGUUGGUGUCAGUGAAGGAGUCUGGACAUGUGCGGAGUCAGUCUGUGAGGAAGCCGUUGCCCGUGCCGGUGCCGGUGGUGAGACCGAAAGAGGAGGAAGAGGAAGCGCAGGAGGUUGUUGUGAUUAAACAGGAAGAGAGGGAUAGUUGGACGCCGGAACUAGAGGAGGAUGAGGAGGAUGAGGAAGAGUUGGAGGAUUUGGAAGAGGGAGUUGUGCAGCUUGGGAAUAGGAUUGUCUUGGGGAGGAUUUCAUCGUCGGUGGAAGGCGAGGAGGAGAAGGAGGAGGAGAAGGAUGAGUAUGUGGAUUAUGGGUGGGUGUUGGCGGAUCGGAUGAUGGGACAGGGUGUAGUCAGCAAGUGGAUGCUCGAGCGUAAAGGAAAGCGGUAUACAGAGAGAGAUUAUGAGAAUAUUAUCCAGGCGCUUAGGUCUCUGUAG